CGCCACCAUGGCUGAGAAGGUGUGCCAACCGCAAGGCUUUGCAAAGCUACCGGAACCACCGCGCUCGUUCAAUCGAGCUUUCGUCGCCUCUUUCCUGGUAUUCUGUGCCGCUCUUAUUCCGGCAUUCUGGACAGGGAUCCUUCGCCUCGACACCCCUUAUCGCAGCCGUUUUACGGGCCCUUCGUGCAAGGUUCCGCUCCCGAACCUUCUCGCGUACGAUCCCCCAACCGGGAAUGAAGCGCUUCUGCAGGAGGCUUCCCUCCUUCUGGACGGCUACUUCACCCAUCGCGCCGCCUACCCAGACAUCGAUAGCCUUGCGGUCGCUGUAGUGACCCCAUCUGGCACUGUCUUUGAGCGCGCGUACGGCACUCUGCGCGCCAAUGAGUCCGAGCCGGACAAGUAUGGCGCGGUAGACAGCGACUCCAUCUACCGCAUCGCGAGCAUCACGAAGAUGUUCACCGUACUCGAGACGCUCAUACUGAGGGAGCGAGGCGCUCUGAACUGGGACGACCCAGUAACCAAGUUCCUGCCCAACUUCACCUAUCCGAGCGCAUCGUGGCCAGAGCACCUGGCAGGCGCUGCAUCUGCUCAGUCAAAGGACAAGAUAACGCUGCGUCAACUUGCUUCCCAUUUGUCAGGCCUCGGGCGCGACUACCCUGUCCAGGACGUACAUGAUUGGCCCAUCAACAAGCCCGGAGGGACCACGAUCCGCCAGCGCCCUCGCGAAGAGUACGAGUAUCCGGUCUACUCGAACGUGGGAAUGGACGUGCUGGGUAUCGCAAAUGUCGAGGCAAACAAGCUAGCGUCAGACUCCCCUGACGAUGAACCUCAGUCACACAAGGACCUCAUCAAGAGGGAUAUCUUCGAGCCGCUCGGUCUCAACAGCAGCUUCUACGUCGUCCCCGACGAGGAGUUGGAGGCUCACAAAGCCGUGCCUAGGAAAGACGCUGAGUGGGCUGACUUUGUAUUCGGUGACACGGACGACCCCGCUGGAGGCCAGUUCAGCUCCUUGCGCGAUCUCACGACGCUCCUGAAGACUUUCUUGUCGCCCACUGUCGAAGGCGGCCUCGUCUCGCCCACCGUCGUACGCGAAUGGCUACGCCCCCUCCACGCAUGGCGCGACGGCAUGAACGAGGUCGGCGCCCCCUGGGAAAUCCGCAAGCUCUCGAACGAGCUGCGCUUAUAUUCGAAGGGCGGCAACCUCCCCGGCUACCAUUCCCAAUUCGCCCUCAUCCCUGAGCAGGCCUUCGGCGUCAUCGUCCUCGUCACCGGCGAGUACGCGGACACGGUCUCCCUCACCGACGCCGCCGUCUCGCGCUUCGCGCCAGCGUUCGCCGCGCUGCAGGUUGAAGCGGUGGCGAAAGCAUAUGCAGGCGUGUUUCACGGCGAGCGCGCGCUGGCGGUGGUGUCGGUACAGCACGAGAUGCUGUUUGUGGACACGUUGGUGGUGCGGGGCGUUGACGUGCUGGCGGCGGCAGGAGCUGGCGCUGGUCGACCUGUCGCGCUCUGGAGUACGGGCCGGAAGGAUGAGUUCAGGUUGGGCAUCGGUCGGGCAGAGCUGAACGAUGUUCCCAUAUCUGGCUGCGAGCCUUACUGGGUCAGCUUAGACCUAUACGGGUACCAAAGCCGUGGGGCUCCCCUUGAUCUGCUAUACUUCGAAGACGGGAAACUGGUGUAUCCAGCUGCAGGGGUGACCCUCGAACGUCUGUAGCUCUAACCCAGGGAUAUACAACGGAUUUUUUGACGAUUGACCGAUAUCUGGGACCAGCGUUUGGUCUCGUGCAGCAUAAGGUGUCGUGCGUGCACGACGAGGUGAAAAUUAUGGGAUGGACAUUCGACAAGCGGUCUGCGCCGCACACAUAUCGAAGUUCCCUCGUGAAGAACUGCGGCUGCGAGCCGCGGAGAUCAUCCUGGGUCUUGCCCCAUCGCAUACUUGAUGCUAGUGGUUUUCGCUGAUAGGGCGACGACUGACUCAUGCUCGUGAUACACUUCGUGGGACUGUACUACGCCUCGUGACAGCAGUGAAGAAAUUCGGUGCAAGCUGUGC